UGUUGAACUAAGAUUGCUUCGAUCUGUUUAAAACGCGUCCUUCAAUCGCAAUAAGGAAGUGAAAAUAAAACCAUACUCUACAUAAANCAUAACAGCAAAUAAAUAUCAGAGAUUUGCACGAUGUCUGCAUCAAUAAGCAAAAUUCACGUCACAAACUCUACAGGAUUGUCGUUGAAUGAACGUUUUACUGCAGUGCAGGAUCGACGUCGUGAAGUUCCGGAACGGACUUUGCGUCCACCUCGUCCAGCUCGUGACACAUCUGUCGCUAAUCGCCGUUUACUACAACAAUUAGCCAGGAGACAUAAAAUGCAAACAGCACUAAAACUAAAAAAUAGAAGCAUGCGUCCAAUUGGAGGAAAUGUGGCCAUGAGACGCGGCACUAUAAAAGCUUUGCGUGUAGCAGCCAAUGGAAAACCGAUCCGAACCAAUAGCUUGACCACCGUUGCAACAAUGGAAGCCGAUUUGAUAUCGAAUGGCCAGCGAACCAUUAACAGACCCUUUCGUCGUGCAAAUUCUGUAUCAAACCGUUUGGGUUCGCGCCGCCCGCUGGUGGGUGGUGCUGCACAGCGUAUUGCCCAACGACGUUUACAACGCACAGAUAUGGUGAAUGAUAUGCAAAGGCGUGGUCGUUCGCGUAGUCGUUCCAGAGUCCCCGUAGCGAUUAUAAAUUUGACACGCAGUCGGUCACGUAGCACUGGUCGUCGUGGUCCAGGUGGCCAACAAAUGCGAGAUCGUUCGCGAUCUCGUAGCCGUGUCAAUGCCGGCGCCAGAGCUAAUCUACCUAUAAAGGCACGUUUGGGUAGACGCCCCGGAACUCUUGGGCGCCCCCGCCGUAAUGCAAGUGGCAUACGUGGCGUUGCACAGGGACGUAUACAGCGUCGUCGUAAUUCAAAUACAGCUGCUGGCGUCGGUGGACGCGCUGGCCGCAUACGGGGAAGAUCAAUGACUAGAAACACAAACGCAACGGGACGUUCGCGUUCGCGUUCACGCACACGCAACGGCGCACAGACACGUACACAAUCACGUACACAAUUACGUACACGUUCACAAACUCGUGGGGGUUCAGCGGUUGGUCAACGCAAUAUAGGAUCGGUACAGGGUGGUCGCGCACGUGGUCGCAGUCAACAGAGACGAGGAGGGCGUACUGCACCAGUACAGAGAAAUGGUAAAGCUAAUGGUAAUAAGAAUGGACAGCAACAACAACAGCAAAGACGAGGCCGUAGUCGCAGUCGGGGUGGACGUGGUGGUCGUAAUCAAGGUAAGAAUGCCAAGCCUGACGUUGAUAAGGAUAAGUUGGACAAGGAGUUGGACCAAUAUAUGGCGACAACAAGAACUGAGGGCAAUGACUUCUUGCUGCGAAAUUAGGUCGACUGCGAGGAAAUCCCAAUCACCGCGAAACACAUGCAUAGUUUACAUACCUAAAACAUACAUAUUUAAUUCUACUCCUAUACUAGUUUAGUUUAGGGCUACUCUAACUGGCGUGAGUCUAAUUAUUAAAAAAAAAAAAAUAUUAUAAAGUAAGUUAGCAAAAUGCUGCUUUUCUUAACCUAUGUACAUACAUAUGUUAUAAAAAAAUAUUAAAUUAAGUCCUUAAUUUAGUACUUUAUUAAAAUUUAUCUGAGUUUAUUUAAAACUCUAAGAAAAUAUGAAUUUUAUAUUAUUUGUUAAACUAAAUGCCGUCUUGAAUAAAUUUGAGUAUAUAUGUAAUAUGAGUUAAGUAAAUACAAAAUAA